CGUAUUAUAAAUCAUAGCUGCUUAUUAAGGAGUAGAGCUCUCUUCCUAUCAUUUUCAUCUGACCGCCCCUUAUUUUGUAUUCAUCUCCUCUUCUCUCAAGUUUUGGUUCUGGCUAGCUCCAGGGACAUUCUAACCCUUCUCUCUCCUGAUUUUUUCCUAACCCUUCUCUCUUCUGAUUUUUUCCUCUGCCUUCUCUCUAACCCAUCUUCCCAAGCAGCCAUGGGGGCUGCCGCCGGCACUCUUCCGGCGACCGGCGGCAGCCCUCCGCCCCCUCUGUUCUUUUUUAUGCUUUCUCCCUUCCUUUGCCAACUCUUUAAUUUUAUUCCUGCCUUGUCUUUGCUUGGGUUUUGCUCGACUUAGUCGGUUUUCCUUUCCCCUUGGUGGGAUCUGUUCCUCCCUUUCAGUGGGUUGAGUUUUUUGUCCUCCGUUCUGUUGUUUCAGAGCUGGAGAGGUGUCCGUUCUAAGAUGCAAAAUGGUGGCCAGAUCUAUCACAGAUCUGGCUUGUUUUCUCCUCUUCUUUCCUUUGUCUACCUCCAUGUUUUCCCUUGCAGAUCUUGGGAUUUCGGAGAUGGAGCCCUUGGCGAGGACACGGUCUGGAGAGCUUUGAAAGCAGAAGAUUUCUUCCCUCUGGCUGCUUCACCGGUCGUCGGUCGUCCUGAUGGGUUCCCCGGUAUUUGGACGGUGGAAGUUGAUGGCGACUGGCUCGGGGCGGGUUGCAUGGGAGGCCCUCUUCCUCUCCCUGCCAGUUUGGGUUUGGUGGAUUCUCCUACCGUUUUGACGAGAGUUGGUGGUGGCUGGUGGGGGUCAACGCGGCUGUCGAUUUCAAGUGGUGGUGGAGAGUUGGCUGCGGCGGUGGAGGCGUCCAGAGGGAAGCGGACGGUCAACUAGGGUUGAUGGGGCUUUGACAAUGUUUGGGUUCUUGGACUGGGCCCUAUUGGGUAUCCAGUUCUUUUUUGGGCCUUUUUGUCUUGAUUCUGUUUACUCUUGUUUCCAUCUGUAUCUUUACCGGUUGAGCUUGGCCCGUUUUGUAAUCUUAAUGAACUCAUUUUAAAAAAAAAAAAAAUCACUCCCAAAGAGCAAUAAAGCCAUUUCUCUUUUUCAAUGUCCACUUGUGGACACCAUCAUUGUGCGGUAGAGUAGAGAAGGUAGUAACCUUUGGACGAUAUUCAACAGUCAUUGCUACCAAAAUCUCCCUUAGACUUCAGUUUCAUGUUAAGAAAUACAACAAACAUGUUCCUAAAGGAACAUGCCCUUGAACCAUAACAAAAAUCAUAGCAUUAA